UAGCGCAGUGGCUGGACAGUAGCUCGGGGAGUGACAGUCUGUUCUCUGUAGAUGUGGAGGAUAAAAUGAAAUGUGGAUGAUAUUAUGAGGCGAGAUGGCGUACCAGGAAGGAGAGACGCUCGAAUCGUGGCUCAACAAAGCCACUCACCCAACGAACAGGCAGGAGGACUGGGAGUACAUCAUCGGCUUCUGUGACCAGAUCAACAAGGAACUGGAAGGUCCACAGAUUGCUAUACAGCUUCUUGUUCACAAAAUCCACUCACCUCAGGAAUGGGAGGCUCUCCAGGCAUUAACUGUGUUGGAGGCCUGCAUGAAGAACUGUGGGAGACGGUUUCACAACGAAGUGGCCAAAUACAGGUUUUUAAACGAGCUCAUCAAAGUGGUUUCCCCCAAGUACAUGGGAGAAGGAGUCUCUGAGCGGGUGAAGACGAAGAUUAUUGAAAUGCUGUACAGCUGGACUGUAGCGUUUCCUAAUGAGGCCAAAAUAAGUGAAGCAUACCAAACUCUGAGGAGACAAGGACUCAUCUCAUCAGAUCCUGAGCUGACGGCCGAUAAAACUCUGAUCCCGUCUCCACCUUCUCGCCCUAAAAACCCGGUGUUCGACAACGAGGACAUGGGCAAGUUGUUGGCGGAGCUGCUUCGGAGUAAGAACCCUGAGGAUCUGCAGGAGGCCAACAGGCUGAUCAAGAACAUGGUGAAGGAGGACGAUGCUCGGGUUCAGAAAAUGACCAAACGCAUGAACACGCUGGAGGAGGUAAAUAAUAAUGUCAAGCUGCUGAGCGAGAUGCUGAGUCAUUACGACCAAGACAGGUCAUCAGACGCAGAUCGUGACCUCAUCAAGGAGCUGUAUGAGCGCUGUGACAAACUGAGACGCACGGCAUUCAAACUGGCCACAGAAACGGAGGACCACGACACUAGUUUAGGUGAAAUUCUUCAGGCUAGCGAUGAGCUGGAGAGAGUUAUAAACUUGUAUAAGAAGGUUGUAAAGGGCGAGACAGAAGGAGAGACCACAGAGGAACAGAAACCAGCACUCGGGAAAGGUGAAAAGACACACACAGGUUGUGAGACAGACACACUCAUUGAUCUCGCUGGUCUGGAUGAACUGCCUGCUCCCCAGACAGCUCCGCCCACACAAGUCUCCAGAGCACCUUUGACCAACCAGACUUCUUGCAGCAUUCCAGUGAUCCCGCCCCCUCCUCGCCGAUUGGCUGGAGGAUCUGCCAGUCAGACCAGCAGCCCAAUUCACAAAACCUCAGAGCCUUCACCAGCCCACUCCCUGCUCGACGAUGAGCUGCUGUCCCUAGGGUUGAAUGAGCCUCCUCCGGUGCAGAGCAGGCCCAAACUGGAAGACGCAUCUAACAAGUGGACGUCUUUACAGGCUCCUGCUCCUCCUGGACUCGACCUGUUCUCUGAUGAAGUGCUAUCAUCAGGCACCGCGCUUCCUCCUCCACACACCUCAGGCCACCCCACACACCAUGACGGGGUGAAUCAGGGGCUGCAAGAUCUCGCCAUGCUGAACCUGGGAGAGGUGAAGAGUGUCUCAGGUCAGCCCACCAUGGCCGCCGGUGUUGGUUUGGGUUUCGCUGUGCCCUCCUCCCUCUCCUCGUCCAAUCCGUUUAUCAGCUCCACCAUGCCUGGCUCGCCUCUGCGCUCUCUCCAGGGAAACUCGGUGCGCUCCGAGGCAUCCCUCAGCAACCUGCAUGUUCCCCUGGACUCCAUCAAAACCAAUUUGGAUAUUGAUACACCUACCUCCUGGAGAGUGUUGUUCACUUGGUUGGCUGUUGUGAAGGGGUUUCUCUUCGCCAUGGAAAUUAUUCUGCGAUCAUCCACCACUGUUGUCUCCUCUUAAGGAUGGCUUGUUUCACCUGGAUGGAGAGCUCCUUUGACCGCAUGUUUUCUUCACAGCAAAAUCUUCCAAAUGCAAGCACCACACCUCAAAUCAACUCCAGGCCUUUUAUCUGCUUAAUUGAGAAUGACAUAACGAAGGAAUUGCCCACACCUGCCCAUGAAAUAGCCUUUGAGUCAAUUGUCCAAUUACUUUUGGUCCCUUUAAAAACAGGGUGGCACAUGUUAAGGAGCUGAAACUCCUAAACCCUUCAUCCAGUUUUAAUGUGGAUACCCUCAAAUGAAAGCUGAAAGUCUGGACUUUAUGCCCAUGUCCAUUAUAUAACUAUAACUUGAAUAUGUUUCAGUAAACAGGUAAAAAAAACAAAAUUUGUGUCAGUGUCCAAAUAUAUAUAUGGACCUAGCUGUAUAUGGGACAUGUAUAUGUGAUGUCAUGAAACAGAUCCAGUAGCAUCGCAUCUGAAAAUCAUUAAAAGAUAAUGUGGAAACUUUUAUCCCCACGUAUCCAAGGAAUUAAAGACUGAAAACACUUUCCCAGUCAGAAGGUGAGAAUUGUGUGUAUUACAAGUCUGGUGUAGUGAAUUGUUUUUCUUCCAGUCUGAAUGUAGGAAUUGAGGUUUUAGCCCAGUUCAGAGGUGGAUAAUACAGUCUAAUAACGGUGAUUUUUCUCCAGUGUAAAGAUGAUCACUUUUUCCCCCCAGUCAGAAAGGAGGGGUUUUAUUGUUUGUUUGUUUGUUUUUGUUUGUUUGUUUGUUUGUUUGUUUGUUUGUUUGUUUGUUUGUUUGUUUGUUUGUUUGUUUUUUGAGGAAUUGUGGUGUUUUCUAGUUGGAAAAUGGGAAUUGUGCGUUCUCUCAGUCUGAAGAUGAUAAAGACUCGGUUCCACAAUAACUAUAAAUAAAUGGGUCCCCUGCAGUUUAUGUGGUCGGUGCUCACACCAGACCGAUAACGAUCCCUAUAGCCCAGGCCUGGGUUUAUCCGUAUCAGUGAGAUUGCUUCUGGAGCAAAUUUUCCAGGCCUGGACCUGAUCCGAUAAAACAUCUAACCAAUCAGCUAAUUGUUUACAUAUGACGUCAUCUGAGCACGUGCUGUUUUCCCCAAACAUUUUUGUACAUCCUUGUUGCAUCAUGAAGUCACAGAAUACAGAUUCACAGAAAGUAAAAAAUAUAAUACAAAGCACGGAUCUUUUAUUCACAGAUAUAUGAUUUUCUGUGAAAUAUCUAUAGUAAAUUAAGAAAGUAAACAUAUAAAUGCAGGUAAGAGAUUUUAAUUAUGAACUUCAGUAGUCCAAACAUUUUAAUUAUUUUAGACUGACUUUUUUUUUCUUUUUUAAUCCGUGAUGCAUCAUCCGUAUGAAAUCCGUAACCAAUCUGUAAUGUACUGAAACGUCCGUGACCAGUCUGUAACUUAUUAGCAUCCUUGAUGUAGCCGUAUUAAAAUCCAUAAAUACUCCAUAUUUUGUCUUCUUUUUUGUUUUUUUAUAUUAUAUUUCAGUAGUCCAUGACACAUCCAUAUUUUAUCAACCACCAGUGUGUGUACAUGGGUUGUUUUGGAGUCCAAGCUGUACAGUAUGACCCGAAAUAAUGUGUUACUACUUGGGAAAAACUUCCAUGACUAUUCCUAAGUUGCAUGUGUUUAAUUUCCUGAGUGUCAGGACCAAGUGAUAUUGUAGUGGGAAUUGUAGUUGUGGUGUUUGUGCUCCAGACUGGAACUAAAUUCAGGCUGAGGGACAGUCAGAGUUGGAGUUAUAGGCACAGUUAGAGUUAUCGGUGUUGUGGGAGCGGGUCGUAAGUAAGAUUUUCUCAAUCUGAAUGUGGGAAUUGCAUGACAAAUGUGGAAAUUUAUUUAUUUAUUUAUUUUUCUUUCUUUCUUUCCUCUUCUUUGCCAGUCUGAGGUGGGAGUUGCAUCCCCCCCAGUCAGAAGAUGGGGUUUGUUCGUUCGUUCAUUCAUUUAUUUAUUUAUUUUCCCCCAGCUGGGAUGUCAGAAAUUAGGUUUAUUCUGAGCUGGAAGGAAUUAUGGGGUUUGUUUGUUUUUCCGCCUCCCUCCCUCUCUGAUAUGACCUGAAUGCAACAGCAGAUCGUGGAGGUUUUUGCAAGGGGAAAGGUGUGGAGACGUUUGUAGGCUGGGUGUUGUGUGGGGUUGUUUUUGGUCAUAAUUUUCUCAGGAGCUAAAGCCGACAAUAUGUUAAUGAUUGUUUAAUGUUGCUUUUGUUCCACUGGUUUUAAAUUCAAAUGUUCAGGGUUACUUUUGCAUUCUAUGAAAAGUUUAGGUUUAAUUAAAUUUUGUGAGAAAAAGACAAGUUUAAUUUAAUCAGUGUAAUGAGACAGGUUAUAGAGGUGUGUGUGUGUGUGUGUGU